AUGGAAGAUGGUGGAAGAAAUGAGACACUUUGUAAAGUUUGUGGUGAUAAAGCAUCGGGAAAACAUUAUGGAGUACCAAGUUGCGACGGAUGUCGCGGAUUUUUUAAACGGUCAAUCCGCAGAUAUGCGAGAAAUCUGGAUUACGUUUGUAAAGAAAAUGGCCGCUGUGUUGUGGACGUUUCGCGCAGGAAUCAAUGUCAAGCGUGUCGAUUUACCAAAUGUCUUCAGGUCAAUAUGAAACGUGAUGCCGUUCAACAUGAAAGAGCGCCGAGAAGCGCGUCAUCUUUGGUGGCAGCAGCAAGAAGAACUCCAUCGUCACUCUAUCAGGGGGUUCCCCACGUUUAUCAUCCUGGAAGCGCCCCUUAUCAUCCACUUCUAUAUCCAGCAUUUUUUUCAUUUAAACCCACUGUGCCAACAUUUUCUUCCAACGUUGAUGUCAACGAUCUAUUACGUUUUUCCACAGCCACACAUUUUUUUCCACGCACAUCAAAUGAUAUAACAACGGCAGCUAAAGAAGAUGAAGUUACCAGUUCAGAGGAAGCUGGAAAAGUUGAUGAACGAAUCGAUAUUAAAAAAUUGGAUCCAGUUACUCGCCUUGUACCACAAUUUAUGGGCUCAACAUUAACUGAGAAUACAAUGCCGGGAUUAUCAAUUUUGCCAACUGAAAAUAUUUAUGAGCUUGCAGCAAAAUUACUCUUCCUUGCUGUGAAAUGGCCAAGAAGUAUUUCCUCUUUUCUUCAAUUAUCCUAUAGAGAUCAAGCAAUAUUACUUGAAGAAUCGUGGAGUGAAUUAUUUGUCCUAACAGCUGCACAAUGGAAUUUUCCCGUUGAAGAAUCGGCAUUGAUACCAAUAAAUUUGCCAACUGAUAGAAAACAAAUUCUUCUUGAUGAAACAAGAAGACUUAAAGAAUUAUUAAGAAGAUGUGCAAUGUUAAGAAUUGAUCAUUCUGAAUUUGCUUGUUUAAAAGCCAUCGUUCUCUUCAAAGGAGAAUGUAGAGGGCUUUGUGAAGCAGCACGAGUGACAGCAUUACAAGAACAAACGGUUGCCGUUCUUAGCGACCGAGGGGCCGGUAGAAUAGGACAGCUUUUACUUUUAUUACCACCAGCGCGAGCACUUUAUCGAAGUACUCUACACGAGCUACUUUUUAAACCAACAGUCGGUGAUGUCAGUGUCGAAAGGUUACUCGAAGAUAUGGUUCGAACCUCACGACCAAACUGAAAAAAAAAAUUCA